GUGACACGUGACUUUUUUAGAAAAUUUCCGAGACCGUAUUAUUCUACAUUAGCAACGAUAACUGUCCGUGGUGUUGUUUGGACUAACUGAUAUUUUCUGAGGAUAAAAUAAACGCAUGGUGAAGAAAUGGCGUCGAGUGAUGACAGUGAUGAGUCGUCUGAAGAUAAUCCUGAAUACAAUCCAAUCUUUCAACCACCGCUGAUCGAUCAGCUGAAGAAAAUCCUAGACGAGUACCCGGAUGAUGGGCAGAUUAUUAAGGAAAUCAUUCAGAAUGCAGAGGAUGCUGAGGCGUCUCAGAUGGAAAUUCUGUUCGAUGAAAGGUCGUUGAACAGUGAAGAUGGAACUAAGGAAAAGAAGUUCAAAAAAUAUUUCAAGGGUCCAGCGCUGUGUGUAUAUAACAAUGCCAACUUUACAGAAGAGGAUUGGAAAGGAAUACAGAUGAUUAAUAGCAGUGUUAAAGAGUUUGAUCCUGUAAAAAUUGGGCGGUUUGGACUGGGAUUCAAGUCGGUCUUUCACAUAACAGAUUAUCCUAUGAUAAUAAGUGGCAACAGAAUGCUAGUGCUUGACCCUCAUAAAAGUGCUGAUAGUGUCUGCAUCAAUAUGAAACUGAACAAACUCCAUAAAUAUAAAAAGUAUCUUGAUGUUUCUCACUGUUUAAAUGCCUUAGAUGGGUUGUUUGGAUUCUCCCAAGGAACACUAAAUUCUGGAGAUUUUGAUGGCACACUAUUCCGUUUUCCUCUUAGGGAGCAGAAAACCAACUUGUCAGAUAAUGUAUAUGACAAAGAGAAGAUAUUAGAUCUCUUCAAUUCUUUCCAAGCAGAGGCACCCGUGGAACUGUUAUUUCUGAAAUGUCUUGAGAAGAUAGAGCUACUUAUGGGUGGUACAUCUGUUUCAGACAGACCCACUUUUACUGUGAAAAUUGCAGAUAGCUGUCUGGAUGAAGUACGCGAAAGAAGGUCUGAAUUACACAGUCACAUGAAAAAAGUUGGUCGGGAUAUUGCAGUGAAAACGUUUUCCACAAAAUUUGAAUUGAAAGUAGAAACCCAAACUAGUUCUGUAGACAAACUAGAACAGAGCUGGUUCGUUUUGCAUUACUUAAAAGGUGGAAAUCUUUCAGAAGAAUUAGUAAAACUUUCACAGGACGAAUCAUUGUCAUAUAGUCCAUAUAUCAGCAUAGCCGUGCCAGUGACAAAUGACCCCGAGUUCAAAGGUCAUGUUUUCUGUCUGAUGCCAUUACCCCUACAAAAUGAAAGCUUGACUGGAUAUCCGGUUCACGUGAACGGAUAUUUUGCAUUGAGUCAAAAUAGAAGGCAUGUCAAAUGGCCUUCUGCUGAUCAAAUUUUGCUGAAGGCUCACAGAGACAAGUCGAAUAGGUGGAACGAAUGUUUACUAAAAGAAGUCCUAGUAGAUGUAUAUGAUAAAGUUAUCCAAGAUCUGAUACAAACAUGCAAAGACAAUGGAAAUUCUAUUGAGCGACUGAACCUGGUGUACAAAUCAAUUCCUGAUCAUAGACUAAUAACUAGUCACUGGAAUCUGAUUGCCGAUCCUUUGUUUGAUGCACUUUUUAGGACACCGUUUCUGUUCUCUGAUAGUUGUGGCGGGAAGUGGAUUCGUCCGGAAGAAGCUGUAUUUAAUAUAUUUUGCAGUGAUGUUUCCAGUGAUGUGAAGACAACAAUCUUCAGGUUAAUGCAGAAAUUAAGCAUUGCAUUAGUUGAUGUACCUGAACACAUUAUUGAUGUACUGAAAAGCAAAAACAUCUCCAUACAAACUUUGUCCCAGGAUUUUAUUUGCCAGAGCAUGAAGUCAAAUUCAGUUUACAAAUCGUUCACAAGCGAGGAAAAAGUUGACAUUUUAAGUUAUCUAAUAUCUGAUGGAAGCUUCUCCAGAUUACAUGGUUUAGAGUUACUCCCCCUGACCAACGGUUGCUUCUGUUUGUUUGAACAUGGUAACCAGAACAAUCAGGUGUUUGUGUGUAAAGAUGAAGUACAUUUAUUUCCUGGACAAGAGGAGAAGUUUGUUAGACAAGGACUGAAGGACGAAGUUUAUAAUAAACUCUUCACAGCGGCGAGCAAAGGAAAAUUUCAGCUAGCACUUCUUCACGAACAACGCGAUGUUGCAAACCUAAUACAAACGACCAUAGUGAAGUACAUUGGACCAACAACCAAACAAUGUAUUCAAUGGAACCAAUCACAUCCAAUAGGGAUGGACUGGCUAAAGAGAGUUUGGUCUUACAUUCAGAAAUAUGAUCUGAACUGCUUUAGUCAUCUGCAUUUGCUACCACAUACCAAGACUAACGGACUUUACAAAAUAUCUACCGUAUUUCUUUUAAAAUCAAGUGGAUCGGUCGAUAUUCCUUCGGAUGUUUGUUGCUGUUUGGAAUACAUGGAUAUUGUUGUUCUUGAUUUUAUACCUUCAGAAAUUAAAAGUCACAGAAGCAUUCGCAGUUUUGUUUAUUUGCCGACAGUGGAAAAUGUAUUCCAGAUGUUAACAAAAGUUCAAACAAAUAGUAAUGUUUUUGCCAAUUCAUUCAAAAGUUCAAUGAAGCAGUGACGAACUC